AUGGGGAAGCGCGCGGCGCCCGACGCGACGACGGGCGACGCGGAGAGCCGACGGGUCGAGCGCGAGGCGAAGUGUCGCGGGACGGUCGAGGCGCUGAACGCGCAGUUCGCGGCGUGGAUCGCGCGACGCGCGAUCGAAUCGCCGAUCGUGAGUUGGCGUCGAGGGUGCGAGGAUUACUUGAAACAUCUCGAUCGCGUCAAGGUUGAUUUCGGCGACGUGUUGGAACGCGUCGAGGACGAGAACGACGGAGAGACGACGAAGGCGACGACGACGGCGAGCGAUGGGCGCGUGGACGCGAAGGGGAGCGUGAAUCCGUUCGGGGGGGGCGCGGUGGCGGCGGUGCCGGCGGCGGGAUCGAUUUUUGGGAGUUUGCCGACGGCGCCGGGAUCGACGUUUGGCGCGCCGUUCGGCGGCGGCGGGGGGCUGUUCGGCGGUGGGACGGCGCCGGGCGCGGGGACGGCGGCGGACGACGAGGACGAGGAUGAGCCCGCGCGACCGAGCUCGCCGUCGUAUCAGGCCAACGAGGCGGUGGAGGACGAGAAAGAGGUGGUGCUCUUGCGCGUCGGCAAGGUGAAAUUUCACACGAAGAAGGACGCCGGGGAUAAAAAUUGGGCCGAUCGCGGGGUGAAUAGCUUUGAGUUUAGACGCGAAAAGGCGCCGAGCGAGGGCGACGUGAAGCGCUGUAGGUUGCUGAUGCGAAACACCAUCGGUAAAGCGGUGUUAAACGCGGGUUUGUACCCGAAAAUGUCCUCGCAAUUGACUGAAAAGAAGAUGAAGGAUGGGAGCGCCGUUCAAAACGGCUUGAUCGCCACCGUGUUCAACGCCGAGGAAGAAAACCAAAAAGUCAUGGUUUAUUUACGUUUCGGCAAGGAGAGCGACGCGAAAGAGUUACACAAGCUCAUCUCCGAAAACGUGGCGACGCUUUAG